AUGUCUACUUCUGACACGAGUCCUUCCGCUUCCCCUCCAAAAAAACGCUCCAAGCUCUCUCGUGCAAAUACUAUCCAAAGUGAAACGUACGCGGAAACUGAUCCUAGAUGGGUUGACAGUCUGUCCACUCCCGCAGUUAUCGAUAUCGAUGCAGCUCCGGAGGACGGUUACGAAACCGAGCGGACAGAUGUCUCGGAGGAGAGAGACUUCGAUGGAUACUCUUCAGAGGAGGAUCUCGAAUCGGAAUAUGAGGAUGACCCUGAGGGUGGUCAGUCUCCGGGUUCUGUCUUGCCUAGGUCUCCUCCGUCGCCCCACACACCGCCUCGUUGUACCAUAGAAGCUGAUACCAGCGAGCAAUCGUAUCGACACCGAACCCCUUUGCCAGAUGCCGACUCUGGCGACCAGGUGAUGCCGCAUAUAAUGAAUGACUCAGAGGAAGUGGUGCUCCAAAUCAAGGCCCGCAACAGCGACACUGGCGAGCCCAUACAGUGGGUAGUGGUACUUAAGCUAAUUCCGGAGAAUGAAGGCAGGCGUAACCGCGUUUUCAAAGACACCCCGGAGACAAAGACGAAGAGUUCAACAUCUGCUAGCCAGAAGAACAAGGCAAAAGACGCAGAUCCUAACGAAGGGAGAUGCCUUAUCACGGGGUCACUUCGGUUGUCCUCGGGGUACAUCCAAAUCUGCCAUGUCAUUCCGAAGGCGCUGUGGAAAAACAUCGCAUUCCAUCGGCAGCUGUCGAGAGCAUGGGGUUACAGCGUCCACUUGGACACGCACUAUAACCUUAUCAAUCUCAAGCCGGAUUGGCAUUAUAUGUUCGACCAGGGGUUUUGGCUCCUGGUACCAACCUUAGAGAUUAUUGAGGACAUGAUCAAAAAGGCUCAGGCCCAGCUGAGUCGAGGUUCCGGUGCUCCGGUUAGCUUAAGAAAGGUAUACUCCGAGACUCGGAGGAAGUUUGACUACUACUUUGUUACAAUACUGGGCUCCGAUAGGAAUAUGGGACCUUUCUUCCGAAGGAGACAAGAAAGCGGAACAUCAACCCCCUACUACUUUCCUUACACCACCAUGCCCAUUCUUAGGUGUCAUGCUCAGCCGCAGUUUGUGGCUUAUCAUGCGAUCAACAUGUACAAUCAAAUUCAAAUCAAACAAGGCCAGGAAACAGUCCGGGCCUACUUGCAGCUUGCUUACGAGCAUCAUGAACCAAACGCCAGUCGAACAGUAGACGAACACUACAGUGAUAAAUGUUUUGAUCGUAUGAACCAGCUGCUAAAAAUAUGGUGGAGCCCCAAUAUGCCGCCCUUACGACCUCUCAUGCAUGGCGACUCGUUCGAAAGUAGAGGUACUUAGUGCUACUUAAUGUCCGUUAGUGUAGCUUUGUAGUUUAGCA